AUGUCUGAGAGCCUCGAACCGACAGCGGGGCAACCCGAUGGGUCAGAAUCGCAGGCACCAAAGGUGGUUGCUGGGAUCAUCAUAAUUCUUGGACUGUUUAGUAACUCGUUAAUUGUAGCUGCAGUAAUAGGCUUCCGUCGCAUGAAGACGACAACCAAUUACCUUCUUGUCAACGUGGCCGCUGCAGACAUAACCACUCUGUUGUUCACAGCGAUGCACCUCAUUCCAAUCAAGGGUCCCUUCCCAAAUGGUGCUCUUGGUAGCUUCCUUUGUAAGUUUAUAAGAACUAACAAUAUCACUAUGGUAACGCUUCUUGUGUCCACUCUGACGCUGACGGUUUUGGCUGCUGACAGAUAUCAAGCCAUGGUGAAACCCUUAAAAAUAUCUUGGAGAUUAAAAAUCGAAAAGAUCGGGUACGUCUUAGCAGUAAUCUGGCUGAUAGCCAUGGCUACUGUCUCGCCGCUUUUCGUGUCUGUGGACCAGCGCCCUAGCAUAAACAAUACUCUCUGCUCCCCUGGUGAUGAUCAUGCGGUGAUGAAAGUGUACAUUUAUUGCCUGGUGACCCUCCUUACCUUGAUCCCGUUCCUUGGCAUUGCUUUCUGUUAUUCGCGGAUUAUAUCCGGAUUGUAUUUUGGACAAACAAUUUGCAGUCGGGGUAGCGAAGCAAUGGCAGAAAAAAAGAGGCUUGUUAUAGUUCUCAUGGUGUUGACAGUCGUCUUUUUCAUUGCGUUUGUUCCUUAUGGAGUAGCAGUAGUAUUGCAGUUCAGCGGGAUGGCCACCAGAAAUGUUGAAGAACUUCGUAUCUUUAGUCGAUUUAGGAUUGUAGUGCAAUAUCUGACACUUUUAAACUGUUCUCUAAAUCCGUUCAUCUAUGCCGUUCCAAGUUCAAAUUAUAGAUACUGCUUUAAAUGUAUGUUGAAGAAAAUGUGUUGCCAAGACAUCACGGAAGAGGUUAAUGCCAUCCAGCUGGACACAAGACGGGGUGUGGCAGACGAACGCUAG